CGCCAGUCUGCCGUCGCACCCCACCGCGCGCGCUCGCAUAUACGCCGACACGCAGUUACCUCAACUACGAAACCACGACCGUUAUCGCCCUAAAUGACAGCCUAAUGGACGAACGACGAGGUAGUCCAUGCAUGCUUGUGCUAACCUAGUGAAACCAGUGGAGUGCAGUGUUGUGUCUAUGCUAUGGAGGAGGUUCGCAUUUCGGAUUGGCCUGAUCCACCAGGAUCACAUGCAUGGCUGCCCGCUUAUGGUUUCCAGCAUGAGAUAGUGGAUAAAGAUGACUAUUUCUGUUCGAACGGUGAUAAUGGCAGCACUCACGCUUUGUACCUCGAAACGAUAGUCGAGGAGACGAGCGAUGACUUACGCUCAGAAAGAUCGUCCGCUGCCACUUGGCUCUCAGAUUCUGAUGCAGAUUCCGUCAUACAUGUACGGGGAACAGCAGGUUCAGAGGACAGCGAGUCGGAGCGGGAGUGGGCUUGUCCUGCGAAGCGGAGGAGGCGUGAGCGAGCGACCUCGCCCGCCAGCUCGGGGUCGCUGUCGCGGUCCUCCAGCCUCGCUCAAUUCGAGUCUCUCGAACGCUCUUGCGCCGCGCCCGCGUCUCCCAGCCUCUCUCCAGACUCCCUCGAGUCUCCUCCCGCCUCGCCGCCGCCUACUAGAGUGCCUGCACCUCGCGCGCAUCUCUCCGCCGAAAACCUCAGUGAGGACAGUGGCUACAGCGAGCGCUCGCGCAGACCGCUACCGCCCUCGCAGCGCCGCCAGCCCGAAAUAGCUCACCGGCCGCCCGCCACCGGUAGCGUGCCCUGCCUCGCCUCGCCCAGUGCAGAGCGCCGUCCGCCCAGAGCUGCGCGCGCGCUCUCACUACCCGCCGAGCUGGACGUAUGCGCUGAGCCUCGCCGACACACUACACAUCGCGCGCACUUCAGACAAACGUUCGAGGUUAGCGAUAGCCUCACAGUCAGCGUGGCAGACCUUACCGCUCUUGACUACCGGGGCGGCCCGCGCCGCCCGCGCUUGCCGCCCCCGCCUCCACCUCCGCGUGCCGCCCGCCUUCCACUGCCGCCCCCGCCCCCGCCGCCAGUAGAUGUUAUCACGCGGCAACCUUCCGUGUCGCCGGCCCGCGAGCCUAGCGCCGACAGCGACUCCACCACCGAGUCUGAGCGUGCCUUUGCCCGUGAGAUGGAGACCACCGCAAAGCGUCUCGAUGAAAGCGCCAGGAGAGCGCUCGCGGAAAGUGGUGAUUUUGACCGUGGACUAUCAGUGUUAACCGCAACGAGACUGCAAGAGUCGUGGGGUGUGUGGGACGAUGUAUUAGAUGAAUUAAGAAGACGUAUGGACCCCCAAUCCGCAACUCCUACUCCCCCGCGAACACCGUCUCCUGAUCCAAUGAGAGAGCCAGCAUUUACUUCGACACCUUUAAGAGCUGGAGACGCGCGAGUUCGUUCUACCCCAGAAUUACGAGCGCGUGCGACUCCACAUCGAGAGACCCCAGAAGAACUACGGGCUUCAUUACAAUUAGUAGCACCGCCACCGCCAGGCUCGGCACCCCCGGUCCGAUCCAUAUCCGCUGGAUCGAAGGGAGUGACGUUUUCACCGGUAGUAGCAGAAGUCAGCUGGCGAGAAACAAGCACAACCACAACAGAGAGCGAGACAACCUCGAGCGACGACGCGGCGGACGCUGAAGUAAUAGUAGUGGAGGGGGGCGGCGAGGAACCGCGCGCGCCGGCCACAGAGCGCGCCGCCGACAUGACGGAUGCGGGCGCACGCGCGCCGCGCAGCCGCAUCGCCGGCUUCCUCUCGCGGUUCGCGAACUUCCGAUUUUCGGGGCGCAAGGAGAAAAAAUCGAGGGGCGCAGGCGCGAACGGCAGGCCGAGUCAAAACGCGGUUUCCACGGCAGACGCGGGGCAGGGACCGCGCGGGGCGGCCGCCGGGCCGCAGUAUGUGAGGAUCCCACUGAAGGAGGAGGGUGUGUCGCGGGCCGCGGCGCCCCCGGUGCCGGGCGGCGUGGCGCACAAGCCGCCCAGGCCGCGCCCGCCGCCCGCCCCGGCGCCCGGCGUGCUGGAGACCGAUGUGGACACGCAGCGCACCGUGCUGCACGCGCGCUCUCUGCUGGCACUCGCGCCGCCCGACCAGCGGACUCCACGCCCGCACAAGUCUAUGGAGUUCCUGCUCGACAAGGACAGCGCUCAGACUGUUCAGCCUCCUGAAAACGAAUUGCAGAAGAAUUCUGACCGCGUGCUUUCAGAGCACGAGCUUCGGGUACAAAGAUCGCUGCAGAAGCUCAAUGUUCCGGAAUGGUACAAGAACGCGCCUGCGCCCCGCGAGGGCUUCCUCCUGCGCAAGCGACUGUCUGACGCGUCAGCCUCAGCGACCAGAUGGAGCGGCCUCAACUCGAAGACCACGUCACUUGGUAGCCUUGGUGGUGCCAACCCUCAGCCGCCGCCACCCCAACUAUCUCCUCACACGACCAGCUUUGGGAGAUGGUCUACUAGCAGACUUAACUCGAAUCAAACUUCUCCCUGUUCAUCAACUCGCAGCAGCAUCAGAGGAACCAGUCCGCUGUGCUCGCCUUCGGCUCGAUCUUCCUUCAGUGCACGGCAGCCAUACCUCGGUUGGCGGAGUCAGGAACGACUGAACAACACACCGCGAACGCCACACGAAAGGCUAGCAUCAUCCCUUCUCCAGCAAUCAGCGUCUUCUAAAGCCUCUGAGGAGAUCCAGUCGUCCAUCAAAGAGGUGACGUCAGCGAUCGUCCACUACGUAUCUGGUCUGGAGCCAGCUAACGGAGACAUCGACCGGCAACCCUCGCCGCGCUCCAGCCAGAAGCUGUGCUGGCUUGAGAGCUCCUUUGUUGGUACGAAACCACUAGAAUCACCCCAGACACCACUAGUAGUGUCCGAGGCGCUCCCCCCUCCGCACCCGCGACCGCCGUCGUCGCUCCGCCUCGACCACCGCGCGGCGCCCGACUGGCAAGACUCCCAGCGGUCACUGAACCUGGGCAUAGCCAGGCCCUCGCCGGGGUCAACGACUUUAGAGGACGUGUUGGAUUCGUUGCUGGGGUUGCCCUCGCAGCCAGCCAGGAUACCCACCCCACAGCCUAGCCCUCGGAAAUCCACAAGCCCUUAUUACUUGAUGGGUGGAAAGAGCCCUCGGUACGAGCAGCUGGCUAGCAGCGGCCAUAGUAGCAGCUCCCCCGCUUCCCGCUUCCUGGGCACGCCCAGCGAAGGGCUCAGCUCCGCCACCGACCCCAGCCCAGUAGGAACAGGCAAGGGUACAGUUGAUACUCCUGGCGCGAUGCACGAGCCGAGGCGAUCGAGGUCGGCUCAAGGCGAGCACCCCCGUCGCCGAAGUGAACCCUUUGCCCAGCCCUACGUGUCCUUCGACCGCCGCACCAGCUUGGACGCAGCUGCCCUACGGCCCUCCGAGCCCCAACUUACCCACCACGACUCCAAAGCUUCCCUGGCCUCCUUACAGACAGAAAAUAGCACUGAUGAAGCUUUCAUGAAAUGCAAAUACCCCAAAUGCACGUCUAAAGCGCCUCUAGUGGAUGCCAAGAGGCAUUACAAAACGUGUCACAAUUGUACCACCAUGUAUUGCUCGAGGGAAUGCAGACGUGCACAUUGGGAAAAACAUAGAAAAGUAUAUCUACAUUCCCGAGCCAGCGCGCUAUGUCGCCAAAUUAUAGCAGCGGCUAAAGAAGAUGCUGACUGCUUGCAUCAAAUCAGUACGAUAGCCCAUAAAGGAUACCUCGCACAGGGAAGAGGUGUCGUUAAAUUAUUUUUCACUAGUCCAGAAUCGGCUGAAAAGUUCACAACUCAUGGAUACCAAUAUCUUUCACAGCCAGAAUACGUCAAAUGGACAGCACUCCAGCCGAACGAAAUGGGAGUGGAAUUAUACACUGAAGUAGUAAAAUUAUGCAAAGCUUACAAUCCAGAGACGAGGGUGAUAUUGUUUGUGGCUGUGUGUAUUAUCAGCGAGGUGCCAACCAAGGGUGCUGUGAAAUGGGAGCGACAGAUGGUGUCGAGGUGCGCUAAAUUGCGGCUCAGCAAAACAGUUACAGCCGCAAUACAUGAACAGAAUAGGCGGCGUCAUAGAAGAGACAGCAAGGGCACGCCAGAAGACAGAGAAACGUUAAUUUUAAUAUCCAAAGCACCAGCGUUGCAGGGUGAAAAGAAUGCUGCAACCGCUCACAAAUUUAGGGAAAUAUGCUUUCGAAACAUAUCGAAUGAGCUAGAGAAGCGGGGUGUGACGUUAAAGAAGCAUUUUCCCGAAGUAUACUCAAGACUGGCGGCAUAUGUGGAUGGAACGAGUGAUAGGUUUAUUCCUAUGACUAUAUAUCCUAAAGAUGUGACUAGUGGGAAAUCUUUUAUGUGUAUAAUCAUGCCAGAUAAUGAUAUGGACUGUGUAACACCAGUGGAUGGGAAAGUAGUGACUAUUGACGUCGGAGUGGACCGGUCGAAGCAUCAGCUAUCUACUCCCAUGUGAGAAUGACGGCUCUUUGCUAAAUAAAAUUUUAUCAAAUACCUACCUAGUCUAGAUGCAUGAGAUCGUUGCCCAAUGCUUCUCGUUUAUCAUUAUUACGAUGAUGAUGAAUUUUAUUUCAAAUUUAAUCUCCUAUUAAUGAAUCUCGAUUGUAAUGAAGUUUGAUGUGCCCUUAAAAUUUAUAAUUAUUUUAGAUACUUACUUACCUAAUACUAAGACCGGGGGCACUCUUUCUAGAUGGCAUCUUUACGAAUUUUUGAGAAAUUAUUAUUCUGAAAUCUUAGGCUAAUAUAAAUGCGAAUCUUGAAAGUGUGCGCUCGUGGAUAUGUCUAAUAAUAUCAUGAUUAUGUAUUUCAAGGAAAUUUAAAAUAUUGAAAUAUUUAUAUGAAAAAUACCUACAACUUCGUAACUGGCGUCUUUAGCUAAGAGUUUAUUUAUUGCUUAUUUACUAUCGUUGUUUUUUCUUAAAUAAAUGUGCACUUAAUUUAGAUUAUAUGAUGAAAGUACAUAUACAAUGUUGUGAGACGUGUUACCGAAGUUAUAAUAUAUUGUAUUUUAUGUACAUGUUAGUUAAGAUGAUCGUUUCUGCAAAUUGACAAUAGUUUAAUUAUAUUAAAUACAUUUGUUACGAGCCAUUAUAGGCUCAGGAAGCAUUUAAGAUUUUUUUAAUAGAAAAGAGGUUAAAAUUAUGCUUUUAGUGUUCAAUAAUGUCAUUUCUAAACACCCAUGCUUUUAAAUAAAUGCGUGCACAACGCAUUCUUCUAUUGUGACAAAAAUAUAUACCUAAGUACUUAAGUGUUUGUCUUUGGAUAGUAUAUAAACAGUAGAAAUAUAAACAAGUAUUAUCAAAAUGUAAUUCUGUCUGUACAUACGGCUGAUUUUCAUUCCAACAAUGCCUACCUAUAAUUAUUUUUUUUCAUUUUGAUACACAAUACAAUUUUUGAAAAAUUAGAACCAGUGUCAAAUUUCGUUAAAACUACAUUCCAUUUGAAAGGUUAUUUUGAGGCACAAAACGAAAAUAUAUUUUAUAAAUUAUAGUGCCAACUACUUUAUACUUACAAUAUGAAAAACGUUUGGUACCUAUCUAGUAAGACAUUUCUUGUCAUUAAUUUAUAAUUAACAGUAGAAACUUAAAUAAAUGCAUUCCCCGUGAGAAUUGAAUGAACUCAUCAACAACUUUUUAUACUUAAACUAAAAUAUCUAAAAUAGGUUAGUAUUUUAUUUGUAUAUUCUGUAUUACCUUAGAUUUAUUUUGAAAAAAGUAUUUUUCCAUAGUCACGAAAUUAAUUUAUCAUUUUAUAAAUUGAUUUCGUGACUUUCAUAGGGUUGCCAUCCGUUCUAAACUUCACAAAUAUUAAUUUCAGUGGCCAAUAUAAAUUUACGCGUGAAAUAAUUCAAACAUUUCUUUUUUACUGACUGCUACAGAAAGCUGCUAUUGUAAUAUUAAACUAUAAGCACUAUAUUUAUGUUAUGUAAAAGACAUUGGUUGUUACUUUAAAUUAACUUGUACUAAAGUUACUUACCUAUUUUACACUUGCUAUGUUUUAUAUUCCUAAUAAAAAAAAUACCAGUAUAAACUUAAAUGCCUAAGUACCUACAUACAUUAUUUGAAAUAAUAACUAUUUUUUAAUGAUAACAUAACGUACAAUCAUUACAUAAAAGUGUUCAUUUUCGACAUGUUUGUACUUAUUUGUCGACAUUACCUACUUCUACCAUGCAUCUUCAUUAAUCAAUGUACAUAAAGUAGUUAGAAGGCGCUCUAGUACAUUAUUAUAAGGGCGAAAUGUUUGAACUAAAUAAAAUUACGCAAGUACAAUACUAGUAAACAAAAUAUUCAGUACCUAGUUAUCGUUUUCGCGCCAUUCCGCCUUGUGGUCUAUUAUUGAAAACAGCAUAAUUAUUGUUUCUAUACUUAGGUAUAACCUAAUAUUAUUUAGAAUUUAUUUACUAUAACCUAAUAUUAUUUAGUAGGUCUAAAUAAUAUCAUACCUUGCUAUAAACAAUAUUUACGUGUCUACAUCAUAAUCGCCACAUAUGUAAAAAAAAAGAUAAUAAAUUCGUACAUUUAAACUUUAUAAUGAUGUUGCCAUAUCAAUUGUUUUUCAUAGUCUGGAUUACAGAUUUUUUAUCUAGUUGUCCCUAUAUGUAUUUCAAAUAAACAGCCCAGCUAUA